AGGAAUGAAAGGAGGAAAGAAACAAAAAGGAAAGAGAGGAGAGAGAAAAAGGAAAAGGAAAAAAAAUGCAUAGAGCAUUUCAUGCAUGGGGGGUUAUAUGAUGAUGAUAUGGUGGAUUUGGGUAUUGUGGAGUUGGUUUGGUUUGGUGUUUGGAGUUUAUGUGAAUGUGGAAAAUGCCAAUGCCCAAUGCAAAUCCCCUUUGACACAUUGAUUCAUUUCAUUCAUCCCAUUCAUCCACUCCUUGCUUUCCUUCUUUCUUUCUCUCCUUUGAAAACCUCUCCUUCUUCUUCACGCCUCCUCAACUCAUGACCUCACCAACAACAACACCUACACUCCCACUCCCUUUGCAUUUCUCUUGAUUUUCACCAAAACCCCACCUCCUAAAUCCUCCCUUUUCCAUGUUCCCCUGCCCAUUACUCUUUGGUUUUCUGAUUUCAUCACUGGGUGAGGUUUCGGGAUAUGGAACUGUGUUGCAUUGAAGUGUAUUUCUGUUGAUCUGCAUUGCCUGCUAGAUUUUGCUUUUUGCUCGGUUUGCAAUUACAAAAUGGAAGGAAGAACUGAACUUGAUGAAAUUGAGAAGCUUCUUGGUGAAAUACCUAAUGCUACUUCGGGGCAUCAACAUUUCGAGGAAUUUGGACAAUGCAAUUCUGAUUUAAAAAGACAGUCUUUGGGUGGUAGCUUUCCCAUUGAGCCAUCCAUACCCGUAUGUGUGAAUUUCCCUAAAAGGUCUCUCAAUGAGAAAUUCCAAAAUUAUGGGAGUUUGGAUGAGGGGAAAUUAUCAGUGAAUAAAAGCAUUGAAUCAGAGGAACCGAGUCUACCUGAUGACCAUCUCUGGAUAUCUGCAUUUGCAGAAUUAAGCUUUAAGGAUGGGGUGAGAAUGGAAGCUGUGUGUUCUCCUUUGGUUAAUUAUAAAGCCUUACCAAAUCAAACUAUUUUAUUUCAAGGGCAAUGCCCUAAUAGUUUAAAGAGAACCUCUUCCAAUUUGGAUCCUCAGGUGAUGGUUGUUCCCUCUUCCCAAUCACCAAAUCCUCCAUCUAGUGCUUUCAAUAAUUUUGAUGUGAAAAAUAAUAGCCAAGAAAGUUCAAAUUUGCUAAAACUCAAUGUACCUGAACUCAAGAAGCAGCAAUUUGGUAAUUACCCACCAAUUGAAAAUUUUUCCAAUACAGAGCCAUUACCUCAUGGAGUGCGAGGUUUUCCGUUCUUUCCAAAUGUGCCCGUUCCUGGUGCUGGGUUUCCUGCUUAUUUACAUCCACAACAGUUAGGCCAGCAUAAAUUUGAUUGGAUGCAUGUAGAAAAGGAACAUUACCAUAAGUUGCAUCAGCAGUACCGUUACCAGGUUCAGAAUAUGGGGCGGGGAGCACAGCAUCCUAUUCAAGCAAAUGGGAAUGUCGCAACUAGGCUAGUGAGUCAGGAGAUGAGGCAACCAUAUUUUGAAACCCCCCACCAAUUUGAAAAAUCUCAUCAAGAGUCAUUUUGGAACAAAUAUAGAAUAGUGAAAGGUUUAAAUGAAUCCAAUCCUGGUCUUUCCUCCACAGAUUUUAAUGCAAUCCAUGUUUUGGACAAAGUUGGGAAAAUGACUAUUCCUGAAAAGAUUCUAACAAGAUCAAAUGGAUUGAACUCUCUUAGAACCAUAAAAUUUGGGUCCAUCAGAGAAAAUGAAGCUGGUACCCAUGUCAAUCAAAAUGGAAGAGUUAUACCAAAUGGCCAUUUCCGCCAGAGGUUAUCCUCUCCAACUGCAGGGCACUUACAGUUAGAUAGCUUGUGCACUUGGAGUUUGUCAACUGAUACUGCACACCUGAAGACUAAUAUUUUGAGGCCACAGCCUCAAAAAUAUAAUUCUGUGGAUGAAGUUGUUGGUAGGAUAUAUCACAUGUCAAAGGAUCAAAAUGGAUGCCGCUUUCUACAAAGAAAAUUCACAGAUGGUUCUCCUGAGGAUGUGCAAAAGAUUUUUCUGGAGAUUAUUGAUCACAUUGUUGAACUCAUGACAGAUCCUUUUGGAAAUUAUCUUGUUCAGAAGCUGCUUGAAGUGUGUACUGAAGAUCAGCAGAUGCAGAUACUUCAUGCAAUCACUAGAAGAGCUGGAGACUUGGUUAGGAUUUCAUGCAACAUGCACGGGACACGGGCUGUUCAGAAGGUUAUUGAAACCCUUAGGACUUCAGAGCAGUUUUCCAUGAUUGUUUCCUCCCUCAAGCCUGGUAUAGUGACUUUGAUAAAAGACAUGAAUGGUAACCAUGUUGCCCAAUGCUGCUUGCAGAACUUAAUGCCUGAAUAUAGGGAGUUCCUUUUUGAAGCUGCAAUUACCAAUUGUGUUGAGCUUGCGACAGACCGUCAUGGCUGUUGUGUGCUUCAGAAAUGCCUUGGCCAUUCUGCUGUUGAACAAAGAGAUCGUAUAAUCUAUGAGAUUACUUCAAAUGCUCUGAUUCUUUCCCAGGAUCCAUUCGGGAACUAUGUUGUGCAAUAUGUUUUUGAGUUUCCAUGGGCGAUAGUGGAUAUUCUUGAUCAAUUGGAGGGUAACUACGGGGACCUGUCCUUACAGAAAUAUAGCAGUAAUGUGGUUGAGAAAUGCCUGCAACAUGCGGGAGAUGAACAUCGCCAUUGUAUUAUCCAGGAGCUAAUAAAUAACCCUCGAAUAGAUCAAAUAAUGCAAGAUCCAUAUGGCAAUUAUGUUAUCCAAGCAGCAUUGAAUAAUUCAAAGGGAGCCAUUCAUGCUGCACUUAUCGAGGUCAUAAGGUCUCAUGUUCAUGUUCUUCGCACCAGUCCAUAUGGGAAGAAAGUCCUCUCAUGCACUAGUCUGAAGAAAUAAUUUAUUUGUUCCUGUAAAUUUUGUAAUAAACAGGUAAAGGAUUGCAUUGAACUCUUCUCCUUCGAGAUUCCAAGGUUUUGAAGAUUGAACUUGAAAAGAAAGAAGUUCGAAGAUGCCUCAAUAGAUUCAUCUGAAUGGACAGAAGGUGCCAUUUUAUUUGUUUGUCCCCUUUGGAAUUCAGAUUCCCUUGGAACUAUUUCAGAGCAAUUUUUCUGUUGCAUAGACCAGCAUUUUUUUUUCUUUUUCUCUUUUGCCAUAGAAAUAAGUGAGAUGCGAGGAAAUGUAGAGUUCUAACUUAUGAGGAAACUGUUUGUAUCAUGCUGGGGGGCUUUUCAAAUGAAGCUCUUGGCUUUUGGCAGAUGGUUGCAGGCUAGUCUGGCCUUCAUGCCAGACAUUCUAUUGAUAUGUACAUCCCAUGUUUAUAGGUUGCUUUGUUUAAGUUCUCCUAAAUACGCUUCUAUUA